AUGGUAUGCUACUCAUGCUACUCUAUUCUCGGUAAAACUUGUAAUCUCGAUUAUAUUUCUUGGACUCGUCUAUCUAUUCAUUCAAACCUGGGCCUUAUUUAUGGAACCUGCGAGUGCUGCAGUCCUAGUCAUUCCGCUUGCUUGGCCUUACGCCAUCUCCAACUACUAGCAACUUUAGACUGCCUCUUUCAGAAACUAAUAAUGGUCUACAGAGAAGUCGGCCCACCCACACCCCCCGUGGUCCUUCUUUCUAUGGAUUUAUGGCGGGUGACACCUGGUAUCGUGCGCCGUAGGUGCCCCAAGACCAAGAGAUUGCUCAAUACAUGGAGUUUACCGUCGUAA